AGGAGAGAAUAUGAGUGUAAUAAAAAGAGGAGGGGACUGUUUCAGUUUGGUAGGUUUCAAAAUUUUUAUUAAAUCUCUCUCUCUCUCUCCCUUCUCUCUCUCUCUCUCUUCUUUUUCUUUUUUCUUCCCAUUCAUCUGAAUCCAAUGCAAUCAUGAUCUUGAUGCUGAAAGUCCUUUAAUUUAAUGGUGUUUUUGUUCAUUGAACUCUCUCUCUCUACAACUUGUUUGUUCUCUCUCUAGAGAAAUGGGGUGUGGAAAGAGAUUUUUUUUGAGCCCUCCUCCUCUGGCUCUUGCUCUUGCUCUUGUUCUUGUUGUUUUUGAAAGAUUCAGUCUGGUUUUUGGGCUGAAUUAUACAUAUAAACAAGUCAGCAGCUUGAGAUUGGACAGGAUUCAAAGGCAUUUGGACAACAUUAACAAGCCUCCUCUUCUCACCAUUCAGAGCCCUGAUGGUGAUAUUAUAGAUUGUGUUCAUAAACGAAAACAGCCGGCUCUUGAUCAUCCCCUCUUGAAGAACCACAAGAUUCAGAGAGGGCCAACGGAAUGGCCAAGAGUGAAGAAGAUGAAGGAGAAGAAUGAAGUAAAGGAUGGCGAUGGCAGUGAAGGGAGGCGGGGAUCAGGUGCGGGAGGUGCAUGGCAAACUUGGCGUGUGAACGGAACACGGUGUCCGAAGGGGAGUAUUCCAGUGCGACGGAGCACAGUGAACGACGUGCUACGAGCCAAGUCUUUGUUUGACUUUGGCAAGAAACGACGGCCGAUUCUUCUUGACCGCCAAAUGGACGCUCCUGAUGUGGUCAGCGGGAAUGGUCACGAGCAUGCGAUCGCGUACACAGGAUCCUCGCAGGAGAUGUACGGAGCGAAGGCGACAAUAAACGUGUGGGACCCGUCAAUCCAAGUGGUCAACGAGUUCAGCCUCUCCCAGAUUUGGAUCCUCUCGGGAUCAUUCGACGGCUCAGAUCUCAACAGCAUAGAAGCUGGUUGGCAGGUCAGUCCGGAGCUUUAUGGGGACAGCAGACCAAGAUUAUUCACAUAUUGGACGAGUGACGCGUAUCAGGCAACGGGGUGCUACAACCUUCUAUGCGCUGGAUUUGUACAAACAAACAGCAAAAUCGCGAUCGGAGCGGCGAUUUCUCCCAUCUCUUCAUUUACCGGCAGCCAAUAUGACGUCACCAUUCUCAUUUGGAAGGAUCCAAAGCUGGGAAACUGGUGGAUGGGAUUUGGGGACAAUACUUUGGUAGGGUAUUGGCCGGCGGAACUGUUCACUCACCUCGUCGACCACGCCACCAUGGUGGAGUGGGGCGGCGAGGUGGUGAACUCAAAGGCCAGGGGUGAGCACACCUCCACCCAAAUGGGCUCCGGUCGUUUCGCUGAGGAGGGCUUUGGCAAGGCUAGCUACUUUCGAAACCUCGAGAUCGUUGACUCCGACAAUAGCCUUAGUGCUGUCCAAGAAAUCUCAACGUUGGCGGAGAACAACCAUUGCUACAAUAUUAUGAGCUCCUACAAUGACCAAUGGGGCACCCACUUCUACUACGGCGGCCCUGGAAGAAAUCCUGAAUGCCAAUGAUCAUUGUCUCGUCCACUCAUGCGAGAUCUAUUAAAAGGAAAAUUCAAUUCUCAUUUUUUAAUUUGACAAGGUGGAUCAAUUUUCACGGUAUAUAUUUUCAAUUUCAUCAAAUGGAGUAAAAUGAUAAAGAAUUAUAACAUUUAUCUAAAUUUGAUGAAAUUGAAAAUUUAUACCGUAAAUAUUGAUUGAGGGGUAGGAAUUGAAUUUUUCUUUUAUUCUCCUAUAUUAUAACUAUUUUAAGGGCUAUUUUAGUAACUGAAAUUAAUUCUUUAAUUGUGUAAUUAAUGAUUAAUGUGGGCAGCUAUUUCCACUCCUGUUUUUGCUUCACUUUCAAAGGUUUCGAUUGGGAGAGAAAUGAACUUGUACCAUUCGAAUAAAGGCAUUGUAUCGCUUAAACAUGCUUGGAAAUAGCAAUAUUUUGUAAGCUUA